GGUAGCAGAUUGCUGGAGGCUUUGUGUGGAGAGUUGGAUUCUGGGCAACGGAGCAGACAACAACACUGAAAGCUGCUGUGUUGCUGUGGGCAAGCUAACUUCUCAAUGUGAAGCUAUCCCAUGAUGCAACAUGUGUCCCCAGCACCUGCAGUGCCAAUGAUGGCCACCCAGAGUGUUCCUCCACCAUCGUACCAGGAGAGCCAACAGAUGACGGGUACCACUCAGCAGAACACCAAGACCCCACAGGUCCAUAUCCCAGCAGCCACUGCAGCAGGGAAUACCUCUGUCAGUGUGACCCUUGACCCUCAGGCUCAGCUCGAGUCUGACAAGAGGGCUGUUUACAGACAUCCGUUGUUCCCCCUGCUGGCGUUGUUGUUUGAGAAAUGUGAGCAGGCCACACAGGGAUCUGAAUGCAUCACAUCAGCCAGCUUUGAUGUGGACAUAGAAAACUUUGUGCACCAGCAGGAGCGAGAACACAAGCCCUUCUUCAGUGAAGAUCCAGAGCUGGACAACUUGAUGGUAAAGGCCAUUCAGGUGUUGAGGAUCCACCUACUGGAAUUAGAGAAAGUCAAUGAGCUCUGUAAGGAUUUCUGCAACCGUUACAUCACUUGCCUGAAGACCAAGAUGCACAGCGACAACCUCCUCCGUAAUGACCUGGGAGGACCCUAUUCUCCAUCACACACCAGUCUCAGCAUGCAGCAGGAACUAAUUCAGACCUCCUCUCCAUCCAUGACCUCUGUCUCCAGCUCUGUUAACCCUUCAGGGAUUGUGGUGCCUGCCGGCGGUCUGCAACAGGGCAAUGUCGGCAUGACUACCAUCAACUCUCAAGUGGUUUCGGGUGGGACCUUGUACCAGCCGGUUGCCAUGGUGACAUCACAAGGGCAAGUGUUAACGCAGGCGCUGCCGCCAGGAACCAUCCAGAUCCAGAACUCACAGGUAAAUGUGGACCUGUCGUCUCUGUUGGACAGCGAAGACAAGAAGUCCAAGAAUAAGAGGGGGGUCCUCCCCAAACACGCCACCAACAUCAUGCGUUCCUGGCUCUUUCAGCAUCUUAUGCACCCAUACCCAACAGAAGACGAGAAAAGGCAGAUUGCUGCACAAACAAGUCUAACCCUUUUGCAAGUGAACAACUGGUUCAUCAACGCUCGUCGGCGUAUCCUCCAACCUAUGCUGGAUGCCAGUAACCCAGACCCAGCUCCUAAAGCGAAGAAGAUGAAGUCCCAGCACCGUCCCACGCAGCGCUUCUGGCCUGACUCCAUCGUGGCUGGUGUUCUGCAGACGCACAGAUCUCAAACAGGAAACAACUCAGACAACCCGCUGAGUAUGGACAGCCUCCAGUCGCUGUCCUCAGACUCAGCCACCCUGGCCAUGCAGCAAGCCAUGCUGGGAGCCGAUGACUCCAUGGAUGGCACUGAGGAGGAUGAUGAAGAGGAGGAGGAAGAGGAGGAGGAGGAAGGAAUGGAGGAGGAAGAAGAGGAGGAGGACGGCGAUGAGGAAAGCGACAGGGGGAGGCAAAUGUCCAGCGGAGGGGGGGGGGAUCUGAGCAUGGAGCACAGAGAGGAACUGGAGUAGUUGAAUAAGGGAAAGACUAUAUGAACUUUGACCACAGUUGUCCACUUAAUACAGCCUCAUUCAAACUCAUCAUUCAAACUUUGGAUGGCUUUAAUGCUAAGUGACUCUUGAGAGCAUUUAAGGGCGUAUUAUGUUUUCUCCACAUUCAUCAGAGACUCUUCUGCAGAGCCUAAUCAGACACAAUGACCAUCAUGAUCAUGAUUAUAGAGAGUGGAUAUUAGUUUAAUGAUGAAUAUAUGUUGUUUCAUUUUACAACAGUAUGACAGUGAGCUCCAGAAAUAUUUGGAUCGUAGCACAUUUUUUUUUACUCUAUAGCUCCUGUUAUUUAUGGGGAGAAAUGACACAGAAACUAAAAGGUUGAAAAGAUUGCUGGCUGUUUUAAAUUGAAGACAUAUUUACCGAUUUUACUGUCAGAGUUCAGAAGUUUGUUGCUUUCAGAGAGCAGUGACAUUAUGAGUCUGUUUUGAAUUCAGGAUAUAGUGAACUGAAAAUGGAAAUGCUGAAUGCUGAAUGAACAAUCUAAAAAAAUUAAAAAUCUUUGCACAGUGAGAAGUGUUGACUGUAUGUUUCAAAAACUACUUUACUGAAUGUAAUCUGUCAAAAAUGUUUUGGCACCAUGAAAAAAUUUACAAAAAGGGUCAUUUUCAACUGACAGCUCACAAUUUAACUUUGCAGUUAAUGUGUCAUUUCACUUCCUAAAAUAUACGCAAAGCAAGAUUAAAUAAAAAAGGUGUAAUGCUGUGCAAAUAUCUGUAGAACUGACUGUUUAUGUUUUUGUUUUUUUUUUCACUGCUGGGACAUCAUUCACGCCUUUUAACUGACUCAUAGGUUCUCAGGUUGAACAACACUCUCAUUCAAUGUGUUUCUUCCCCAUGAUGGAAACACUUGACUCAUUGCUGCAGUAAAUCUUUUCAAGCAUGACUUUUGAAACAAUCUUUAUUUUUUCUUCUACCAUGAGCAAAAAAAAAGAAAAAAAAAAGAAGAAACCUGUAGUAAACUAGUGUAUACUGACUGCACAUAUAGUAUGUAUAUUGGAUUUUUCAUAUGUUUGCAUUCUGGUGUUGAAGGUUUGCAUAUUUAUUCUGUUUUGUUUUUUUUGCGUGGCCUCAGAUGGUGGCUAAAGGAACAUCAUGACAAUGACAGUUCCUUCUGCGUACACUGUUAGGUUUGCAAUCUUUCUGAAUAAGGCUGUUGAAAUAGCUGGUGGCCAUGCACAUACAGUACUUGACUUCAACCCUCAACUCUUAGAAUUGCUUGUGUAUUUUUGUUACCUUAUGUGAUUCUGUCACAAAAAAAGAGCAUGACGAGCCCUGCCAGUCACAACAGACUGUCUCACCCACAUCCCUGCAUCAAGAGAAAUCCCACAAAGAUGGCCACGACUUUGGAAUCCCUGACCGACAGAGCCAGUGUCAUUUGCUGACAAACUUUUUCAAGGAAGAAGAUAAUUUUGAGGAAAACGAGAAAGAGAAAUAAAAAAAAAACUCAGCAGUAAUGUGUCUUUCAAUUUUAUGUGAAGGAUUUUGAAGAAACUGUGAAACAAUUUCAGCUCUCUGUUUUGUACUAAAACACACAAAUGGAGUCACUCGUUUCUAAUGUGAAGAUGUCUAGAAAAAGAAAAACAUGUUAUAUUGAAUGUUCUGAUUGUUCAUUGUGAAGUAUGUUGCUCAUUAAUGUUCUUUACUCAAUUGCUUUUUUAAAUGGAUCUUCCAGAGCAAGUGACAGACAAUAGGAAAUAUUUCUAUUUCAUUUGUACACUUUGUUGUCAUAAUCUAUUAUGUUUCAAUAGACCAAUUUUAAUAAUUAAACAUGUAAAGGUACUGAUUUUGACUUGGUGAUCUGAAAGUUCUGCAUAUGUUUAGGCUGAACAAACAUCUAGGGCCAUAAAUCCACAAACAGUAAGUAGGCAGUUUUACUGAUGAAAAUAGUCAGUAUCUCAAUAGAGCAAGACUUAAUGUGUGUGUGACACUUCUGAACCCGCUCAGGCCCUGUUUUAUUGUGACCCAUUUCCAGAUUACAGAGUUAGUAGUCUAAAUAUUGGUUUAACAAGCCACAUUUCCUGUCACAUGGGUUGUCUCCCACCCACCUGUUAUCGCUCUAUCCUGUGAUUUAACUCGCUGGAAGACGCCCACCCAAACACCCUCCCACCUUUUCAGCCGACUAGCACAAAAGAACCCAACAGAGCUUUUGACCACGGGGUUUCAACUUUUGAAAUGUGGAUUCUGCUUCCUAAAAAUAAAUGUUAAUCACUGCUGUGGGUGUUUGCUACACAAGCCACAUUGUAUUGUUUUUACACAGCUUGUACGCUUGUGUAUAAUUGCUUCCUUGCAUUGUUUUCUGCCCCCUUAAAAAAGGUCAAACUUAAAUUGCAGCAACACUUAUUAUAUAUCUGUUAUUGUGUACCUCUGCUACUUUUCUACUCCUUCAGCCACAUUUUUCUGGUAGGAGGAAUUUGAAUUGCAGUGGCCAUGCAGGGCUUCAAAAUAAUAUAUUAGGCGUAGGCAACAUCUGCUGAGAUGAUUAGGCACUUGAUAUUGUACAAUGAGAAAGCUCUGCUCAAAUGUUCUU